AGAAACCACUUCCGGCUUGGGCCUGGAGGGUUGAGGGAACCGUUGGUCGGGGAGAGGGUGUGUGUGCGUGCGCGCGCGCCUGCCUGCCUGCCUGCCUGUCUGCGCGAGUUCUCGCGGUGGCGGUUGUCAUGGCAGCGGCUGGGGGGCCUGGGGGAGGCGAAACGGCUUCCGCCGCGGACGAAGGCGGCGGUGGCGGGGGAGGCGACAGGGGAAGCCCCCCCGGCUCGGACCCACGGUGCCUGGGGCCGGGGGGGCGAGAGGAAGAGGAGGCGCCUGGGCAAGGCAGCGCGGGGGGCCCGGCCGGCCAAAGCCACCAGCCCUUGUCGCCGCACCCCCGCGAGGCCGAGGUCACCGUGGAGAUCGGAGAGACCUACCUGUGCCGGCGCGGCGACGGGACGUGGCAUUCUGCAGAGGUGAUCCAGUCACGAAUCAAUGAGCAAGAAUCCAGGGAAGAGUUUUACGUGCACUAUGUUGGAUUCAACCGACGUCUGGAUGAGUGGGUGGAUAAGAAUCGCCUGGCCCUCACCAAGACGGUCAAAGACGCAGUGCAGAAGAACACCGACCAGUACAUGAACGAGCUGUCUGAGCAGCCAGAGCGCAAAAUCACUCGCAACCAGAAACGCAAGCAUGACGAAAUCAACCAUGUGCAAAAGACUUACGCUGAGAUGGAUCCCACUACAGCAGCUUUGGAGAAGGAGCACGAAGCAAUCACCAAGGUGAAAUAUGUGGACAAGAUCCAUAUUGGGAACUAUGAGAUUGAUGCUUGGUAUUUUUCGCCAUUCCCAGAGGACUAUGGGAAGCAGCCCAAGCUGUGGAUCUGCGAGUACUGCCUCAAGUAUAUGAAGUUUGAGAAGACCUACUGCUACCACCUUGGACAGUGUCAGUGGCGACAGCCGCCAGGGAAGGAGAUCUACCGCAAGAACAACAUCUCCGUGUACGAGGUGGAUGGCAAAGACCACAAGAUUUACUGCCAGAAUUUGUGUCUCUUGGCCAAACUCUUCCUGGACCACAAGACCCUCUACUUUGACGUGGAGCCCUUUGUCUUCUACAUUCUCACUGAGGUUGACAGGCAAGGGGCCCAUAUCGUUGGCUACUUUUCCAAGGAGAAGGAGUCGCCAGACGGCAACAACGUGGCCUGCAUCCUCACCUUGCCUCCGUACCAGAGGCGGGGUUACGGGAAGUUCCUCAUUGCUUUCAGCUAUGAGCUCUCCAAGCUGGAAAGCACAGUGGGCUCCCCGGAGAAGCCCCUCUCGGACCUAGGCAAGCUGAGCUACCGUAGCUACUGGUCAUGGGUGCUGCUGGAGAUCCUCCGGGAUUUCCGAGGCACUCUCUCCAUCAAAGAUCUCAGCCAGAUGACAAGCAUCACUCAAAACGACAUCAUCAGUACGCUGCAGUCUCUGAACAUGGUCAAGUACUGGAAGGGGCAGCAUGUCAUCUGUGUCACACCCAAGCUCGUAGAGGAGCACCUCAAAAGUGCCCAAUACAAGAAGCCUCCCAUCACAGUGGAUUCCCUCUGCCUGAGAUGGGCACCUCCCAAACACAAACAAGCCAAGAUUUCCAAGAAGUGAUGGGGGAACUAACCUGAGGAACAGAAGGAGCUCAGCCUCAUUACACGUCCACGCUUCAUUUUAAGAGAUGCCCUGACUAAGCAUUCGUGUUUUGUCUUGCAUUGAUCAGACAUGCUCUGAAUAGAUGAGCG